AUGAGCCAGAAAAGACGCAUGAAUGGUUCACCUGAUGUUGAUCGUGGUGGAACUACAAAGAAAUUAAGGAUGGACAGCAACUUGGGGAAGGGGUGCACCGAACCAUACUCUUACUCUUUCGAAGGCGACCACGAUCAUGAUGCAAACCCCGUCGUAUCGAGGCCAGCGACUGCUGCAGCUUCUGCUCCGAAGAUCCGAAAGGGCCCUUUCAUAAUCGACGAUAGCUCUGACGACGAAGCCGAACCUAACGUUCUUCCGACAGAAGAUGAAGUCCAGAAAACGCCAGGGUGGUCGUAUGGGAGAGAAACGAGUGCUUCGUCAGCUCUGAUCAAACAAGAGGCCAAAAGUGAGAGCGAGAGAAUGAGAGUACGGGCUCUCGCCAAGAGAAAUCCUGCCCUGACGCACGGAAGACCGAGUGAGACCAACAAACGCGAUAUGAGCGCAAGGCCGCAAGCUCCUCUUACUGAUUCUACGAUCGCUCUUACAGGUGACAAAGACAGAUCGAAAACCACCCAAACGAGACCUUCUGAUCGAAGACCCUUCAGACCGUUGCAGACUGUGUCACAAUCUGCCGGUUCCGCGUCUGCCGAUAGCACUGUCCAGAAGACUGCAUCUCCUGCGCAGGCCAAUCCUGGAAAUUGGUUUCUCAACCAGCUGAAGGGCUUGACGGAGGCUGCGGAGCAAGAUGCCCGGAAUGAGAGCAAGCGCGAUGAAGCCUCUCGCACAAAGGAAUAUAAUCGGAAGCGUUGUCUCGAGCAUGAAGAAAAGGCCGCGAAAGAACGACAAACUCAAGCGCUACAACAGCGCCUUCUCGAGCAAGAUCAACAGCGCGAGAUACAGGCUCAGCGGGGACAGUACCUUCAAAAGCAAGUGCUUAAACAGCAGGAAGAGACGAACCGUCGUGAAGCCGAACAGGCCCAAAAGCGUGCGACCGCAAAGCGAGAGGAAGAACGCGAACUAAUGAAGCAGCGCGCAGCCUUGGAUGAGAAGCAAGAAAAGGCUGCACAAGAGCGUAUACGAAGACAACGAGAACGCAAUGCUAGUAUGGCAGAGGACGACAACAACGAGAUUAUAGUCGAAGAUCCGGGCCAGGCUCCGGUUCAAGUCUCUCUGGCUUCAAUUGCUCGAGGGUUGCACUCGCCCAGGCCUCCGCCUACAGCGGCUCAGAAUGGAUCUCUUCGGCCUGAUGCUGCUGCUUUGAAACAAGCGAGACUUAAUACAGAGCCCAAGGCACUCAGUAGUCCGGCCGGUGCUCUGGUAGUGUCAGAUCAGGACGCCGAGCAAGCGCUGGCGCUCACGAUCGACCAGGCAGUUGGCGAGAUUCUCCCGCAAGACGCCAAACUUCUGCAAUGGAAAGAUGAAGGCUUCGACUUUUCGAGCAUCAUUCCGAAAUUCGCUGAAGUGAGCGGAGCGAGAAGGACACGCGAAUGGCUCCGGGUGCGUCACUUUCAACUACAAAACGCCAUCAAGAAUACAGCUGUCGACGAAAAGCUUCUCAGAAAACUUGCUAAUAAUGAGGCGGAAGCUGUCAAGCAAGCGAACAUCCUAGUCCAUGGAGCAUACCCUAUCUCAUUUGGAGACCGAGACCGAGAUUGCAGCAGGAAGGAGCACUUUCUGGUCAAGACUCCCGGUCAGAGUCCUAACAAUCGAGUGCCGCUCCUCCCUAAGCCUACGCCUGGCCAGCGUGAAGUUGCCGAGAUUCGGCUUCGAGAUGUUGAGCUAGUGCAGUGGCGAGACACUGGUGUUCAAUGGCCGGAGAUCAGGAAACGAUACUUCGACAAGUAUGAAGACGAGUGGUCGGAGAACAGGUUUCGGGCGCGGUACAAGCAGUUGAAGGAAGCUCUUCAGACCGCUAAUGUCGGGGUUGUUUUGCUAAGUCGUGCUGCCAACAAGGACGAAUACGCGCGCAUUGAGAUCAAUCGAAUGAUCCAUGGCGAAGCAUUCGACAAAGGUAAAACAAUACCCACAGUACGACUCUCGACGAAGGCUUCGAUCCCGCCUGAAACCGAGGAGAAGAAAGACUCGGCGAGAUCGGCGACUAGCAUACCUGCACCACCUACUCCAGCGCAAGCUACGAGGCCAACCACGGGAGGCAAGAUGCUAGAUGAAAAUUUCUAUAUGGCGCUCAUAAAUCAACGGCACGAGGCAGAAGAAAGUGAGGAGCCGGAAGAGAACGAGGUCGGAGAGACCAACGACUGCUAUUGGAUCUACCGCGUGUUUCGCCGUGAGCUGGACCCCGAACAACUCGAGAACCUCGAAGAGCUCGAUCAAGAUGAUGAGUGGAUUGAAUGCGCUGGAGAAGAGCUCUAUACUCAUGAAGAGGCUUACUCAAGAGCAAAUCGGGAAGUAUUCGCGAAGAGGCCUGGGAGCAAUGUCUACGCUUCAGAUACGAGGGAGCUCGCCUUCAGGCAGUAUAUCGAUGACGAUGGCCGUGGGCACCUGCACCUUGAAAUUUCUGGCUACGGGCGCGUGGAAACCCUCAUCGCCCGAGAGGCAAAAUAUUUGGAGCCAAGCAGACCCGCGCCGGCGGAAGCGGGCAUGAGAUCUGUCCACUGGCAAGUAAGACAACUAGUCACGACCAUCCACGAGCCAGCAGACGAGAUGUUCGACGAGCGAGAGAAGAUUACUGAGCUGACUCUGGUGGAGGGAGGCGCGAAUUCCGACUUGACUGAGGCCAAUAAAGUAGCUGCGCGACAGUGGGUGGAGCUGACUUUCAGAUCUCAAUCUCGCAACUUGAAUGAGCGAGAGGCUGAGAAGAAGGAGACGUUUGUCGGUUUAUUGGAUGAACUGGAAGACAACGAGGACGAGCCUUUCAAUCGUACGUCAGAGGAUGGAAAGCUGAAGGUGUGGGUGGAGAGGGUUGUGGUGAAUGGGCCGUCGAAUUGA